AUGGAAAAACUGAGAAAAGAAUACAAUGCUAACCAACAAUUUGAACAAAACUAUCCAAAAACCACUAGAAAUCAGGUUACUGAAUUAAAUAUUAGUAACAAAAAUUUAGAAGGUGAGUUAGAUCUUUCUGACUUCAUCAAUUUAGAAAAAUUAGACUGUGCAUUUAAUAAACUUACAAAACUAAACUUAAAAGGAUUAAAAAACUUAUGGCACAUAGAUGCCGGACUUAAUAUGAUUGAAGACUUAGACAGCAUUAUUGACUCUUUGGAUUCUGAAAAAUUACUUGUUUUGAAAGUACACAAUAAUAAUUUACCUGAACAAGACUUGUCUAAAUUUGAAAGGUUUGUUAAAUUAGAAACUCUUCUUGUUGGUAAAUAUAACCGUUUUUAUGGAUCCUUGGAAUCUCUAAAAAAUAUGUCCAAUUUGAAAGAACUUGGUAUCUAUGGCACGGAUAUCAAUUCUGGCCUUGAAUUCCUGCCCGAGAGUGUUGAAGAGUUGCUUACUGAUAUUAAAAAUAUACUCGUAAUUGGAAGAUCGGGUCGAGGUAAAUCUACCCUGGCUAAUGUAAUUACUGGUGAAGAAAAUAAAUUUGCAGAAAGUUCAGGAAGUGUAAGUAAAACUAAAAAAAUCCAAUCUAAGCAUUUUACAGAUGAAAAUAACGAUUAUUUAGUAAUUGACACUCCCGGCAUCGGCGACACUAGAAUGUCUGAUAACGAGGUAUUAGAUGUAAUCGGUGAAGCAGUUUACUUAGUCAAGGAUGGUUUAGACCAAGUUUUAUUUGUAGUAGAUGGCAGAUUUGAUAAAUAUGAAAUGGCAACUUAUAAUCUACUCAGAACCAUUAUUUUUGAUGAGAAAAUUACUAAUCAUACUACGGUUGUUCGCACUAACUUUGCGGAUUUUAGGAAUAAAGAAAGUCGUGAAAAUGAUAUUAAUUCAAUGAAAGAAAUCACCCAAGAGAAAAAGGCUGAUGAAAAAUAUAAAAAAGUAACAGUUGAGAUUGAGAAAUUAAACAAAGAAUUAAAGUCAACUCUCAGUGAAAUAAUUGAAUCUUGCAAAAGCAGAGUAAUUCAUGUAGACAACCCCCCUUCAAACAAAAAGUUAAGAGAAAAAUCACGAAGAAGAAUCUUAGAUCAAUUGCAAAAAACUUGUCAAACAACUUCUUACAAACCAGAUAAAUUAAAAGAAUUGAGUGAUGAAAUUUCUGAUGAUAUGGAUAAACUGCUACAAAGUAGAAAGGAAUUAGAAUCAGAGAUGAAAAAAUUAAGAAGUAGUUCGGUAAGUAGUCUCACUAAUGGCCCGCUACUAAAAACUACUACCAACAUUACAAAACCGGUAGCAAGCAGUGAAAAUGCUACUGCAAUACCUUUAGAAAUUCCAGAAUUCACUACCGAAAGUCAUGACACAACUAUUGCGAUUGGCAAAAUAAAAGAAUUAGAAGACAAAAAAGCCAAAUUAAGAAAAGAAAUUGCGAAAAGAGAAAGAAUUAUCAGGCAAAAAGUUUUAAAGCAUAUUUAUAAAAACUACCAAGAAAUUAGCAGUGAGUUAGGAGGUGAUAUUCUUAUGCAAAGUGUAGUUGGUGAACAUAAUUGA